UCUCCAUCAGGGACAGGCAGAGCUACGACUGUGGAAGCAACCGGAGAAGAUUUCCUAGAGGAAGAUGACGUUCAGGUUUCCCGUAGCGGCCGCGUGACUGCUGUCGCAGGAGUUGAUGGGUUCGAAAUUGACACCGACAAUCUAGACAACGACGACCUCCUUCAGGAGGCAACGGACAUUUUUGACACUACGGCGAUCGACAAAGCAGAGUUGUCCAUAGACGAGUUAUUUCCAGGUGGAGAGCAACAGCAAGGAGGCUUGGGUGGAGCAGGUUCAGGUGGAGGUGAUCAUUCCGAUCCUCUAGAGAACAAGAACAAUGCUUCUCCUCUGUCUACUUUCAACUUCUUUAACACGGCGUCCUCCACAACCUCUAGUACUGGUUGUUCAGGAGGCAAUCGCGCAGUGUCUGACUCGAUGCGAACAGUGGCACAAUUCAAAAGACUCAACUCGGGUCAUAGGUUAAGCAUGUCCACGAACCAACAAUUAGGUGGAGGUGGUGGCGGUACAGGGAUUCUUGGCGAGGGCGGAGGUGCUACUAGUGGAAGUCGGCGACCGACUCUGACGAACCGCAACAAGAUCGUAAAUCGAAGCACAACUGUCGAUGACCCGAAGAAGUUCCUCGUUGAGGGUCUCACCUCGGUGGUGCCGGAGAAUAGUGGUAAUAUUCAGUCUUGGUAAAUUGCUAUAGCGGUAUAACUAAUAGAUAUUUAUUUACUAUAGGCUAUUUAAGUUACCCUUUUCUCUUUUCUAUCUUCGUCUGGUCUUUCUUUUUUCUAGUUAGGUCGGCUCCGCCACAACUAUAGGCUAUUUAAGUAGUGACUCCAUAACCCUCAUGUAGACGUUUAGUACAGAAAACGUUGUUGUUCUCUGCGCCUCAUCUUAUCUUAGUUUCCUUCUCAUUUCUAACUUCCUCUACUCUCUCCAUUUUAUCUCAAGCCUAAACCGUUACUAUAGUGGUAAUAGUUGAAUAGUGGUAAUAGCGAAUAGUUGAGAAGUGGUACUUCUUUUUUCGAUUUUUUGUACCUAGAAGAAGUGGCGUGACUAUAGAAUUAAUAUUCAAAAGACGGUCUUUCGGAAGGCAAAUUCACUUCAUUUCAGGUCACACUGGCGCCGUGGUUAGUCCGUCUCCGAAUGCAGGAGCUACUGUGGGUCGAGUCUCCAUCUGUGUCCCCGCUCAUCGCUCGACCCUUGAAGAUGCUUUUCCUGCCACGAGCUCCAAUUCUUCUGACAUGGCGCAUAAGCGCGAGCGCGUCAGCGUGUUGCGAGGAGAACUGUUGCGACGGCCGUCGAUCCUCAAGAAAACGGACACUGCAGGUUUUGGUCAAAAGCGCAAAGACACAUUGAAUCAACGCAGAGUGAGUGUCGCACCUGGUGUAGUGAUGUCACUAGAGCAAGAAGAGCGGAGGG